AUGACCCACGCAGAUCCCGCUGCGCGCCAAGCGGCGAUCGCCGACGCAAGGAAUGACGUGGAUCAGGCGGCGGGCGGAGCGGAGUUGGGGCAGGCGGCGGGUGAUAGCGGCGGGGAGUGGGCGGCGGUGGGGCUGGGCCUGGUGGAGGUGCAUCUGGCCGCCAACGAGAGCCCCGCGUCGCGCGAAAAGCGCAUUCGCGCGCUUUUUCAGACGUUCGACACCGAAAAUAGAGGCGCGCUGACGCGGAGGCAGAUAGAGAGGGGGUUGGCGCGCAUGGGCGUGCCGGUGGACUACAAGUUCUCCAAGGACCUCCUCGCCGCCAUCGACCAGAACGGUGACGGCGUGUGUGACUAUAACGAGUUCCACCGCUACAUGGACAGCAAGGAGGUGCAGCUGUACCGCCUCUUCCAGCGCAUCGACACCGACUUCGAUGGCGCCAUCUCCCUUCAUGAACUCGCUGCCGCGCUGCACCACGCCGGCAUACACCUGGCGGCGGGCGAGCUACAGGCGUUUAUGGAGAAGAUGGAUCGCAACCACGAUGGCGUGCUGUCCUUCAACGAGUGGCGCGACUUCCUGCUGCUCUUCCCCCACCGCGCCACCUCCAUCGCCACCGCCUACCAGCACCCUCCCAGUCCUCGCCUUCACCGUCCCCUCACCUCAUGCUCACUCUACCGUCCUCCUCUCAUAUGCGUGACUGUCCCUGCUGCUUCUGCCAUGCCUUCCCCCUUUUGCCCCCCAUUCUCUGUGCCCCUCGCCUGCCACACCAACCCUGCUCCCCCCUCCUCCCCUUGCCCAACCCCCCCGCAGUACUGGGAGCGAGUGCAGCAGGUGGACAUAGGCGAGCAGCCAGUCAUCCCCUCGGGUCUCUCUGCCGCCCCUGACGCAUCCGCCCUGGCGUGGCGCUACUUCCUGGCGGGCGGAGUGGCGGGUGCCGUGUCGCGCACCGCCACCGCGCCACUGGACCGCCUCAAGGUGCUCCUGCAGUGCGCCAAGCCCGCCAGCCCCUCGCUCCCCGCUGCUGCUGCUGCCGCUUCUGCUGCUGCCGGUGCUGCUGCUGCUACUAGAGCUGGUGCCGCUGGUGCUGGUGCUGGUGCGGUGGCAGCCGCUACAACACGUGCUGCUGGCGCGAGUGGUGUAGCAGGUAGAGCUGUGCACGCAGCAGGGGGGGGGGCACAGGCAGGUGGCACCCGAGGGACAGCGGCAGCAGUGUCAACAGCAACCGGAGGAGCAAGAGAGGGAGCAGCAAGGGCAGGCGUGGGAGGAAGGCUGUCCAGUGCCGCUGUUCCUGGUGCAGCAGCCAGUGCCGCUGUUCCUGGUGCAGCAGCCAGUGCCGCACCUUCCCCAGCUACCACCUCACGCCAGGCAAUAUCCUCACCACCACCACAACCAGCGGCAGCAGCACAAUCGUCCGUCCCAGCCUCCCACCACCACCCCCCACCCCCAUCCCGUGCCACACCCCCUUCCUCCUCCGCUUCCUCCCCCACCCCCCACCACUCCUCCCGCCCAUGCCAUUCCCGCUGGCAGUUCUCCCUCCUCCGCGCCCCCUCCCCCUCGCCCCCCUCUCUCCCACCUCCACCCCCUGCACUGCCGCCCAACAUGCCGCUCUGGUGGCAAAACAUGCAGCCUGGGCGGCAGGCCACAAUCGCCGGGCGGCAGCAGCUGGCGGGCGGGCGGCUGACGCUGUGGAGGGCGGUGCAGCAGGUGUACGGGGAGGGGGGCGUGGGGGCGUUCUUCAAGGGCAACGGCAUCAACGUGGUCAAGGUGGCGCCCGAGUCAGCCAUCAAGUUCUACGCCUAUGAGCUGCUCAAACGCACCAUCUCCCCCCCUGCUGCUGCUGGGAGCGGGGGCACUGAGGUGAGACCAGCUGAAGCAUGUGUCCGUGCAACUAGAUCACUCCACUCCUCUCUCUUCAAGGUGGCGCCCGAGUCAGCCAUCAAGUUAUAUGCUUAUGAGCUGCUCAAACGCGCCAUCUCCCCCCCUGCUGCUGCUGGGAGUGCUGGUGCUGCUGAGAAAUCAAGUGAAACAGCGCUGACACGGCUGGUGGCGGGGGGCAUGGCAGGCGCCGUGGCACAGACCGCCGUGUACCCACUCGACCUCGUCAAGACGCGCCUGCAGACCUACCACCUCACAUACGGCCGAAACCCGCCGCCCCUCGCCGCCCUGACGGCGGAGAUCCUGCAGAGGGAGGGGGCGGGCGCCAUGUUCCGCGGGCUGCUGCCGUCCAUCCUGGGCAUGAUCCCAUUCGCUGGCAUCGACCUGGCGGCGUAUGAGACACUCCGAGAUGCCUUCACCCCGUGGAUCGAACGCCGCCCAGAGGCGGCACCGCUGCUACAGCUGGCGUGUGGCACGGUGUCAGCCACGGUGGCCGCCACCCUCGUCUUCCCCCUGCAGGUCAUCCGCACCAGGCUGCAAGCACACGUCAGCGCACCACAUGCACCAAGCACCAUUCCUAUGCUGGGAUCGCCAGCAGCAGCAGCAGCAUUGUCGGGCAUGGGUGUGGCAGGCAGGGGGCCGACGAUGGGGGAGGUGACACGGGAGCUGUGGCAGGAGGGGGGCGUGCAUGCCUUUUUCCGAGGAGUGCUGCCCAACCUGCUCAAGGUGGUGCCCGCUGCCAGCAUCACAUACGUCACGUACGAGCACAUGAAGAAAGUGCUCGCACUUAACUAG